CCUAAACAUUGUACAUACAUAUAUCUAUUCAAUAAAUUCUCAAACACGUGAACUGCAGAAAUAACGAAUUUUAAUCAUGGAAAGAGAAGAAAUUUGUAAAUUUUUUAAUGAUAUUAUAAAAAACGACAAGGAUGUAUCAGCGGGUAUGGCCGCUAUUAGUACUUUAUUAACGGUAUUGGAGCACUCAAAGUCUGAAACAGUUCAAGAGCUUCGCGUUUGCUUGCAACAUGCAAUUGAUGCUAUGCGAUCUACAGAAACUCCAGUCACCGCAAUAGCCUCAGGAAGUGAAUUGUUUCUCCGUUUCAUUACACUGGCGACAUUGGAUACACCUUCAUUCGCGGAAUGCAAAGGAAUUAUGCUAGGCAGAGGCAAGGUAUUCUAUGAGAAAUUGAUCGCAGCACGAGGAAAAGUGGCCAAAGUAGCAGCACAUUUUAUUAUCGAUGGUUCUACUAUACUUACACAUUCGAAAUCGAGAGUAGUGUUGAAAGCAAUGAAGGAAGCUGUUGAAAGUAAUAAAAUAUUUGAAGUAUAUGUUACAUCGUCAUCACCAGACAAUAGUGGAGAAGAGAUGUGCGAGGAGUUGACGAAGAUGGGAAUAUCGUGUACAGUGAUUCUAGACUCUGCUGUGGGCUACGUAAUGGAGCAAGUAGAUAUGGUAAUGGUUGGAGCGGAAGGUGUUGCUGAAAGCGGCGGUGUAAUUAAUAAGAUAGGCACAUACACAAUGGCUAUAUGCGCAAAGGAGGUGAAGAAACCAUUUUAUGUAUUGACAGAAAGUUUUAAAUUCUCGAGAAUCUAUCCGCUCAAUCAGGUGGAUUUGCCUGAUGAAUUUAAGUAUACAUCCAGUACUCUGAACAAUAAUUUAAGAAAGGAACACCCCUUGGUGGAUUACACUCCGCCUCAUUUCAUCAGCCUAUUAUUCACCGACUUGGGAAUUCUCACGCCCUCGGCUGUCAGCGACGAACUCAUUAAAUUGUACUUAUAAUUUUAAUAUAAAAAUGCAAAAUUUAUGACUCGUUGCUUGCGAUAUGAAAACUAAGAUAAUUAGAAAUGUCGAAAUGUAUACUUUUAUAUUUCUAAUCAUCUUAGGCUCAACGUCUUUAUUAAUUUAUUGCACAGAAAUAUUGAGUAUUUGUAUAUGGAAACAAAAUAAGCGUCUUUCAUUCCAUUACACACAUUCUACGCGAUAACAGGCAAUAAACUACUUUUAGGUAAAUUAUAUUA